AUGGCACUCGCACCAGACCCCGUUACGCGCCACUUGAGGACCGGUCGGCUUCGUGGCCUGUGCGCACUGACCGACGACAUCUUGCUCGACUUUGUUCUGACGAACGUCUCCGUCCGCGACGUACUUGCUCUUCGCGGGACAUGCCGCACGCUAUACGACCUCACACACCACCCUACCGUCUGGAAACGCAUUCUACGCUCGUUUGGCGCUCCGUUGCCUCCUCUGCCACCAACCGCUCGGUUCUCUUUGGGUCGCCUGUCGUCGCUGGAGACAGAGCGCCUAGUCACUCGCGCGCUGUCCGCAGACGUCAACUGGCGUAGCGAAAGGCCGCGUGCUUGGCAGGUCUGGAAAGUGCCUCUCUUCUGGCAGGCGCUCAGCGUCAAACUGCUGCCGGGGGGACAGCAUAUGGUAGCCGCAGUCAAGCGAGCGCCGCAUAGCUAUGGGCUUCUUGUGGUCCAACUCGACCACCGACAGAAGACUGCCUAUCCUAUAGCUAUGUUUCCCUCCGGGGCGGUGAAACCAUACGCCCUUGAAGCCAAGUACAUGGACUUCGAAGGCGAGCCGAGGAUCAUGAUAAGCUACGUCAGUCGCGAAUGCGCUCACCAAAGGGAUAGAGAAGCUGGUAUUGACGUUCAAGACUUUUCUGAUCGCCUCGAUUUCGACUACCCAGUGCGGGUACGCUACGAACUCGUCGUUCUCCAUUGCUCGCUCGAUGUAUUACAAAAUGUCGAAGGCGCGUCACCAGGCACUCCGGAGUACAUGGCGAAGAUGAUGGAGAACCCGACCGUCUUCAAAGUGACCACCAUCGUCAGAUCCAAUAGCCCGUUUGAUUUCAUAGAACUUGACGUACGCAUUGAACGUGAGACAGACACUAUCACACAAGAUCCCUGCGUCAUAUGGGUGCAGGGGGAUACCGUUAAGUUGAAGAACCUCCACACCCGUGAGAUAUCCUCCUUCACGUGCGGGCCUGUGGAGAAUAAUCAUGAUGAGCCCGUCGGUCAUCGCCCCUUCCGCAUACGAGCCAUUCGUAUGCUGCCACCUCAAGGAGAACUCCUUAUAGUUCGCACCGCAGACGUCGCUGGUCUGGCGUUACAACUCUUCACUAUCCCGUCUCCGGGCACAACGGUCACAAACGCUAUGCCGCGACAGCAGCGUUUGCAUACCGAAGAUCAGGGCACUCCGGGACGGGUGCACGUUGAGAUAUCUAUUUCCGCGCACAACCUUCCGCUUCCUCGCGACACAAGUCUCCUUGCAACGCUUGCUCCACAUGCCGAGCCACCUCCACUCUACGUUUACACGAUCUCCGAAUCUCCGUGGGGUGCCACUAUGUUCCGGCUAUGGCCUCAGCGCGUACGCCUGGAAUCCGCUCGCGACUUCUCGGACUCGCUCGAUGUCGAUGCCUUUGCUGCCGAGGUCGAAGGUGCCAUGUACGAUGCGGAAACGUCUUCAGAUGAAGACGACGACCCCUUCUCCGAACCACGACAGCGACGCGGAGGUGCCCCGCGAUCAAAGCAGCUUCUUCAAGAUACGACCUUUCGCUACAGCGUGCGGCCAAUCCUCAAUAGCUAUAUCGUCCCCAACGCAUUUACCCACGACUUCAUCGCGCCCGCAACUGCGGAUACUCCUGGGACACCAAGCGCGGAGAUGAGCCAACGACUUCGUAUCCUACCCGGCUGCGUCAGAGCACUACUCGUUGGCACAGACCCCGAAGAUCGUUCGCUUGCUCCAAGACUUCUCAAUCUUCACGCGUUCGCCGACAUGCAUCCCUCGGUGCGGCGGGAAGCACGUUGGCCUGACGAUGUCCGCCGGGAAGAAGCUGCUGCUCGACGGCACGGAUGGGUGAAAGGCACAGUGAAGGAGAGAGAGGGUCUCAAUGCCAUUGCGCCCCUUCUUUACGGUGUCGCAGACGUUCAAGAAGUCUUUGAGAAGGGUGUUGUCGCUGUCGGCUGGGACGACUGGGCGGCACGCAUAUGCAUGAUACCGCAAUCUAUGCCUACUACUGCAUAUCUACUUGAGUUCGCGCACACCCCACGUGAAGAUCCUUGUGGCCAUCGCCUACCAUUACCCGUGCCCUACGAUUUCGCUACGGAGCUCAAGUUCAAUACCAGUUCUCAUAUAGACGCCGAGUCGGGAUCAUCCAUGGAUUGGGAGCCUGAGAAGUAA